AUGUCAACAGCCGUCGCCAAAGAGCUUGAUCUCCGGACUCGUACCGGAGGAGUGGUAACAGGAUCUCCUUCGACUGCGGAUUCUUCAUCUCAAGGCUCAUCGGAGGACCUUGCUGGCAAAGCCAGCGAAAAGAAGGUCCGAAGCCAUGCUACGGAGGUGUAUCCUUCCAUUCCUCCACUCGGGGCCCCUGCUGCAGAAAAGAGAUUUUGGUUCCAACGCAACAAGACUUAUGAUCCUAAUGCCAUCGCCACUCAGCAUUCGGUCUUCGACGACCCAGAGACUUUGAAGGAGUACCAGCCUCCAGAUUCGUGGGAGAACAUUCAUCGCUUCAACCCACUCGCUCGGUGGACGUGGGGAGAAGAACACAAACUCAUCCGAAAGAUAGACCUAAAAAUCAUGAUUUGGGCGUGUGUCAUGUUCAUGGCUUUGGAGCUAGAUCGUGCGAACAUCAACCAAGCGCUUACAGACAAUUUCCUGAAGGACUUACACAUGACCACAAAUGAUUACAAUUUGGGAAAUACUGUGUUCAAACUUUCGUUUCUGUGUGCUGAACUGCCAUCUCAAUUGGUAUCUAAGUGGAUGGGCCCUGAUCGCUGGAUCCCUACUCAAAUGGUUCUUUGGUCAAUAGUCGCCUCGUGCCAAUUCUGGCUGGCUGGGCGUGAAAGCUUUCUAGUCUGCAGAUCACUACUCGGAAUCCUACAAGGCGGAUUCAUUCCUGAUAUCAUUCUAUAUCUUUCUUAUUUUUACAAACAUCAUGAACUGUCGCUUAGGCUGGGCUUUUUCUGGACCGCCAUGUCAAUAGCGGACGUCAUUGCUGCUUUCAUGGCCUAUGGCCUGCUUCAUUUGAGAGGUUUGCAUAACUACUCCGGAUGGCGAUGGAUGUUCCUCAUCGAAGGAGUCUUGACUCUCCUUCUCGGGCUGGCUUCCUUUGUUCUCAUGCCGCCAAGCCCCACUCAAACUGCCAGCAAGCUUCGUGGGAAGAAGGGUUGGUUUACAGAACGAGAAGAGAUCAUUAUGGUAAAUCGUGUUAUCCGCGAAGAUCCUACCAAGAGCGGUAUGCAUAACCGUGAGCCUAUUACACCUAAACUUCUGUGGAAGAGUAUGUGUGAUUAUGAUCUCUGGCCUCUCUACAUUAUUGGACUCAUGUUCCAGAUCCCGGAAACCACACCGGCACAAUACUUGACCUUGACACUGAAAGGCCUGGGUUUCGGCACGUUCAACAGCAAUCUCCUUGUUAUUCCCUCAACAGUCAUGCACAUGAUAACGAUGUUGCUCCUGACUUAUGUUGCUGAAAUAUGGGGCGAGUUAACCUUGACAGCCAGCUUCGGCCAGUUCUACGUCUUGCCGUUCUUGAUUUUCAUUUACGUCAAGGAUAUCACCAAGAUCAAUAAAUGGACAGCGUUCGGAGUCAUGACGGGUCUUCUCAGCUACCCAUCUGCACAUCCAAUACAAGUUGCUUGGAACUCGCGGAACUCUUACGCCGUCCGUUCAAGAACUGUUUCCGCUGCCCUGUACAAUAUGUUCGUCCAGGCUUCAGGUAUCAUCGCUUCCAACAUCUAUCGAGCUGACGACGCCCCACGAUACAAACGGGGAAAUCGGGUUUUGCUUUCCAUCUGCAUAACGAACAUAGCACUAUACUCUUUGACAAAGGUGUACUAUGUCUCAAGGAAUAGGUCUCGGGCGAAGAAGUGGGAUGCCAUGACUGAAGAUGAGCGUGUGACCUACCUAGCUACCACCACUGAUGAAGGUAACAAGAGAUUGGAUUUCCGGUUUGCGCAUUAG